AUCCUCAACGUGGCCGCCGUGGACAAGGGCUCCGGCAAGUCGGAGAAGAUCACUAUCACAAACGACAAGGGCCGGCUGAGCCAGGAGGAGAUUGACCGCAUGGUGAACGAGGCGGAGGAGUUUGCGGAGCAGGACAAGAAAGUCAAGGCGCGCAUCGACGCGCGCAACCAGCUGGAGACGUACGCGUAUAACAUGAAGCAGAGCGUCACCGACAAGCUCAAGGACAAGCUGGAGGCGGAUGACAAGGAGAAGAUUGAGGGGGCGGUGAAGGAGGCGCUGGAGUGGCUGGAUGAGAACCAGGAGGCUGAGAAGGAGGACUAUGAGGAGAAGCUGAAGGAGGUGCAGGACAUCUGCUCACCCAUCAUCUCAAAGGUGGGGGCCGCCCGGCGCAGGCAGGCAUGCCAGGGAGGGGUGCGCUUCUGGGCCAGGGCCUGA